CCAGGACGAGCCCCGCACCAGGACGAGCCCCGCACCGGACCGAGCCCCGCACCGGACCGAGCCCCGCACCAGGACGAGCCCCGCACCGGACCGAGCCCCGCACCGGACCGACCCCCGCACCGCCGCCAUGCAGAUGUCCUUCUACUUCUCGGACACAGCUGUGCUGCUCUUUGACUUCUGGAGUGUCCAGACCCCCACAGGGAUGGCCCUCUCGGUGCUGGUGAUCCUGCUCCUGGCCGUGCUUUACGAGGCCGUGAAGCUGGGGAAGGCGCUGCUGCUGCGGCGGGCGCUGCUGGCCCUGCCCCGCAGCCUCAGCCGGGAGGGGCUGACGGAGCCCGAGGAGUUGGACACCGGCCCCGGGCAGGGCAGGUGGUUUUGCUACCACGUGGGGCAGACCCUGUUCCAUGUAGUGCAGGUGGUGCUGGGCUACAUGGUGAUGCUGGCUGUCAUGUCCUACAACGCCUGGAUCUUCCUGGGGGCCAUCGUGGGCUCCACCCUGGGCUAUUUCGUGGUGUACCCCCUGCUGGGCCGGGGCUAGGCACACCCCCUCCCACCCCCCAGGGUGUGCUCCACACCUCCUGCUACUUUGCCUGGAACAGCUGCUGUCACUUCUGCUGGGUCUGUCCUUGUCCCCGUGCUGUGCAGGAUGCAGCACCCCAGGGACCUGCUGCAGGGACUCUCCGUGCUGGCCUGACCCAGGGGAGGGGACCCCCAUGGCCAGCAUGCUGCUGCUGUCCUCAGCUGGUGGCUGUCCCCCAGUUCUCAGGGAGUUUUUUGGCCAGGUGAUGAUGGCCAGGGGGGUGCUGGGCAUUUCCUUCAAUCCCCACCAACCAGUUUUUAGAGGGGUUCAUCCUGGCUGAAUGAUCCAGUGACCUGCUGGGGAAGGGGGACAGGCUGGGGACAGGCAGCCCUGCCCUGCACCAAGCCCCACUUCACACAGUGCCUUCUGGGGAUAAUGGGGGUCCUGCUGCCCACCCCCCCAAGGCCCCCCUUGUCCUCCCAGUGCUUCAGGGAUGGGGUCAGAGCAGCCCCCCGAGCUGUCGGUGUGGCUGUGCCGAGGGGAAGCUGCUGCUGUGGGUGCCUCUUGCUGCUUCCUUGGGACACCCCUUUUAAUAAAACCAUCUCAGUCAUUGGCUUGUGUUCCUGCUGGGGGGGGGACACGACUUAAGAUGUGACACCCCCAUGUCACACCCCCAGCCCUACCCCACCAGCACAGCCCCAGGGGCAGUUGUUCAGGAAUACAAGGACAGUCUCCUCUGGCUUUUAAAUAAAGCUUUUCCAUUUUA